GAUCUCCGCUCUCGCGAGAGUCUUCUGCGCGUGCGCGGAGUGGGCUCCUGGUACCGGGCGGUAGGAUUCAAAUGAGCGUCGCGUUGGAGGGUGAGCUAGGAGGUCGGCGGUCGGCUCAGCUUCCCGCAGCAUGAACCCUAUCCAGAGUUUCCACUCUAAGCUGCGGGGUCUGGCCGCCGUGGUGGACGGCGAGACUGCCCGGCUGACGCGGGCGCUGGACGGCGAGGACAGCGAAGACUUUGAGGAUUCUCCAAUGAGAGUUUUAUAUGACCUUCUCUCAGAAGUUCAGACUCUAAAGGAUGAUGUUAUCACUCAACUCAAUAAAGCAAGAUUGGAAAGUCAAGAUAGCACAAGAUUCAUAAAGGCAACAAAAGUACUGAUGAAAAAAAAUUCAACAGACAUCAUGAAACUAAGAGAGUUUUUCCAGAAGUAUGGCUAUCAGACACGUGACAAGGAAGAUUCAGUGUGUGAGCUCACUGUCAGUGACCCGACCUCGGAGCUGGGUGUGUGUGAAGAAGACAUUCAGAAACCUGGAGUGGAGGGUGAGCAGUCAGAGCCGUGUGUUCCCAGCAGUUCUGUUGCUGAAAAGCCCCUACUGUGCAGCCCACAGCUUUCAGAUUUUGGACUUGAGCGGUACAUGGUCUCCCAAGUCCCACCAAAUCCUCCGCAGACUGCUGAGAGCCCUGAAGAAGAAUGCCUAUCUGAAACCCCUCCUGCCAAAGACUCUUGCAUCACAGUGCUAAAGACUCCCAGGUGUGCUCUAAAGAUGGAUGAUUUUGAGUGUGUAACUCCUAAAUUAGAAAACUUUGGUAUAUCCGAAUACACUAUGUGUUUAAAUGAAGAUUAUACAAUGGGACUUAAAAAUAUGAAGAACAUUAAAAGUUCCCCUCUGAGCACUGCCAGUGGAGAGGCCAUGGGGACAGGGCCUGUGACCACUGAGAGUUCUUUUGCCAUUCCUCGUUCUAUAAGCCAGCAGCUGGGAAAGACUGAUGCUGAAUAUACAGAUUCACCGUUGCCACCCAAAUUCUGUACUCCUGGUUUGAAAAUCCCUUCUACAGUGGGCAAUAGAGCUUCGGUAUAUAGAAAUUAUCCAUUAUCAAAACUAAAUAGUUCAUCAAGUGAUCUGGAAGUUGAAGAUUGUGCUCCGUUAAUUUUAAAUUCAGAUGAAUGCUAUGAGAAUUUUGAAGACCCCCCUUCUCCUACAAUUACUUCUUGUGAAAAUAUCAGAACACCUACUCCUCCGGAAGUCACUGCAAUUCCAGAGGACAUUCUCCAGAUGUUAAAGCACAACUCAAACCUAGUUACUCCACUGGAGGUUAAAGCGAAGCCACCCAGGAAAGGCUUCCUUAAGUAUGAGGGGCAGAGCAUCCGGGGAGCUGCCAACAAGGAAAACUGGUGACAGAAUUCUAGUGUGGAUACUUCCAAUACAGAAGCUGGACAGAAAUACAGAAAUGGGGAAGCAAGCUGGACUCAAGUUCUCAAAUUUUUCUAUUAGAAAUUUUAGCAUAGACCUGUGGAGGAGGAAGGAGGGCUCACUGCUGUCAGUCCUUUUUCUUCCAGUUUUUCAGUUUUUAUUCUUCCACGAUUGUUUCUGUCCCACCACACUGUGUUGGCCUCUCCACCCAGCAGAUCUGAACUUCAUUCUGUCUGGAAGAUUCUGAAACCAGGAGUCAUGGGAACAUCUUGAUUCUAGAACUAUCUAAGAUCCUUCUGAUCCAAGAACAGCUAGAAAGUAAUCUCUUAAGUUCAUGAUAGUGUUUUUGGGAGAGUUUUGCAUUGUUGCCAGUAGGGGAAUGAGGAGCUUGUAUUCUGUAGUGACCAGCUAAAAUUUUGAGACAAAUUAGCAAAUACCAUAAGGUACUUAAUGGGCUUAGGGAAACCCCCCCCCCUUUUUUUAACCACCCCUUUCCACGAGACAGAGUUUCUCUGGUAGCCCUGCCUCUGCUCCUGAGUGCUGGACUAAAGGAGUGUGUCACCACCUCCCAUCAGCUUUAGGAAAUAUUUUGUGACAUAAAGAUUAUUUUAAUUAUGCAUUGAAAAUUAAGUGGAGAAUUCCAGAAUUCUAAGUGCUUGUAUAAUUUUUUGUUGCAUAAUAU